CGGCGGGCCGGGAAAAGGCGGGGAAGCGCGCGCGCGGGCGGGAAACCGAGGAACCGCUGCAGGCGAGAGCGAGAGGUGAGGGCGGCGGCGCCGGCUGAGGACGGGCUGAGCCCAGCGCGUGGGAAGGGCCGGGAGUUUGACUCUUCUGAGGUUUUAUUUUGGGAACUGGAUGGCAAGUGAGAUACAGAGCUUGUCAUCUCUAGACUGCUGGCUUGAAUCCAUGCAAGUUUGAGAGAAUUGCUUGCUUACGCAACAUUUAUUAAUAAAGGACGGGUCCUUUCAACUUUGAAGAUGACAACCAUUUCAGUGCUAAAGGAGGAGCUGGUUUCCACUGAUAGUGAGCUGCAGGCAGUAGAGAUCCAGAUUCAGGAACUUCUGGAAAGACAACAGGAGCUUAUUCAUAAGAAGACGGUGUUAAAGAAUAAAAUAAAACAAUUUUCAGAAGAUUCAGAGGCUGGGGAAAGUGAAGAAACUGAAACCUCAGCUGAGGCAUGGAACAAACAAGACUUCCCAUGGUGUGAGAAGAUCAAAGCUGCACUUCGUAAUAGCUUUAAACUCAAGAAGUUUAGGCCUCUGCAGCUUGAAACAAUAAAUGCUACAAUGGCAGGAAAGGAUAUAUUUCUUGUCAUGCCUACUGGAGGUGGAAAGAGUUUGUGCUAUCAGUUACCUGCAGUAUGUUCUGAAGGUUUCACACUUGUGAUCUGUCCUUUGAUCUCACUUAUGGAAGAUCAGCUAAUGGUUUUAGAACAGCUGGGAAUUUCUGCAACUUUAUUAAAUGCUUCAAGCAGUAAGGAACAUGUAAAGUGGGUUCACACCGAAAUGCUGGAUAAGAAUUCGCAGCUAAAACUCAUUUAUGUUACUCCAGAGAAGAUUGCAAAAAGCAAAAUGUUUAUGUCAAAACUGGAGAAAGCUUAUCAAGCAGGAAGACUCACUCGUAUUGCUGUGGACGAGGUUCAUUGUUGUAGUCAAUGGGGACAUGACUUCAGGCCUGACUACAAGUCACUUGGUAUCUUAAAACGACAAUUUCCCAAUGCUCCAUUGAUUGGGUUGACUGCAACUGCAACAAGUCAUGUUCUGAAGGAUGCUCAGAAAAUUUUGUGUGUUCAGAAAUGCAUUACCUUUACUGCAUCUUUCAACCGGCCCAAUCUUUACUAUGAGGUUCGUCAAAAACCUUCAAACAGUGAGGUCUUCAUUGAGGACAUUGUUAAGAUCAUCAAUGGAAGAUACAAAGGGCUCUCGGGAAUUAUCUACUGUUUUUCACAGAAGGACUCAGAGCAAGUUACCAUUAGUUUGCGGAAACUGGGAAUUAAGGCAGAUGCUUACCAUGCAAAUCUGGAGCCCAAAGAUAAGACCAAAGUUCACAAGGGAUGGGCAGCCAAUGAAAUACAGGUUGUAGUGGCAACAGUUGCAUUUGGCAUGGGAAUUGAUAAGUCAGAUGUGAGGUUUGUAAUUCAUCAUUCAAUGAGCAAAUCCAUGGAGAACUACUAUCAAGAGAGUGGACGUGCAGGUCGAGAUGACCAGAAAGCUGACUGCAUUUUAUAUUAUGGUUUUGGAGAUAUAUUCAGAAUCAGCGGCAUGGUAGUGAUGGAGAAUGUGGGGCAACAGAAACUAUAUGAUAUGGUAUCCUACUGCCAUAACAUGAACAAGUGUCGCCGUGUAUUGAUUGCUCAGCAUUUUGAUGAAGUGUGGGAUUCUGCAAACUGCAACAAAAUGUGUGAUAACUGCUGUAGAGAGAAGCUUUUGUUUGAGAGAAUGGAUGUAACGGGAUACUGCAGGGAUCUAAUCAAAAUACUAGAGCAAGCAGAUAAGAUGAGUGAAAAAGUCACUCCACUGAAAUUAAUUGAUGCCUGGCUGGGCAAAGGUGUGUCAAAGUUAAGAGUGGCUGAUGUUGUUUCUCCAACACUCCCUCGUGAUGAACUGGAGAGGAUUAUUGCCCAUUUCAUUCUGCAGCAGUAUCUGAAAGAAGACUUCAGUUUCACAGCAUUUGCUACAAUAUCCUACUUGAAAAUAGGACCCAAAGCUGAUCUGCUGAAAAAUGAGGCACAUGUUAUCACCAUGCAAGGGAGAUCAAACAAAAAAAGUGUUGACAAGGUCAAAUCUCCUCAGGCUUCUAAUUCUGGAGGGAUUGGUGGAAACGUACAAGAAGACGUCUCUGAGACUAUCCAAAACUCUGCUGCAAAGAAGACAAAAGCACAGAAUCGGCGUCAUUGUGAGAACAAACCUAAAGCAAAGAAGCUUAAGCUUGAGGAUGACGACGACUAGCUGGUAGUCCGGUACUGAAUUUUACAAUGAAAAAUGUAUCCAGGAUCCCACCAUUUCUGCUUCUCUGAGAACUCAGUGCAGAAGUAUAAUUUGUAUUUUAUUAAUUGCUUCUUUUAAAUGCAAAGGAUUUGUGUGUUUAUCAGAAAGGUUGGACAAAAAACAAAUAUAUGCAAUUUCCGAACAUACAAGCAGACAAAAAUCUGGCAUCAUGCAGUUCAGUAGACAAUGGAGAAACAAAGGAUUAUCCUCAAAAUAAUCAGUCCAUAUCUGAUGUCUCCUGCAGAUCAUUUCCGUAUAUAUUGCUUUUUUAAACCCUCUUUAUUUUCCAAAGCACAUGUCUGAUAGUAAAAUAUACUGUACUAAUGCACUUAAAACUGAUAUAAACGUAAAGCAUCCUCAUUAUACCCUCUAGCUACACUCCUUCUAAUGAUGGGGAAAAGCAAACUAAACAGUAUAUAUUCACAUACACAACAACAAAUAUAUUUAUCACAUUAUCGCUUAAAAAUUGGCAUCAUAUCUUCUUAAAUUUCUCCUGCUUGUUGUUCAGAUGGAAAAAUUACCUUUCAAGAUCUGUUUAAAUGUUAGAAAAGGGUAUGUUGGUUUACAGUUGUAUUUUCUAAAGCAUGUGGAAAAAAUUAGGUGCCAUACUCCUACUGAAAGUUAAUGGGCGUUGGGCACCUAAUUCCCUUGUGGGCUUUUCAAAAGCAUCUUAUUUAAAACAAAAACAAACCAAAAAAACCCCCACUUCAUUGCCCUUGAGCAUGUUUCUUUGGUUUAGUUCGUGUUGUAUUAUUUGGAGUAUGUACAAACAACAAUUUCACUAAUGACUCUGACCAUGAAAAUAACAAGUAAAUAAACAUAAACUAUAGAACUAAUUCAAUAUACCUCAGCUUGGUCCUCAUCCUGCUCCCAUUGAAGUCAAUGGGAACCUUGUCAUUCACUGAGGAAUAAUUAGGCCUAAAGUCUCACAGGGAACACAUAUUCUUCUGCUCCAAUCUAUGCUGUGGUAGGAUGUGGACAGUAUUCUCUGAUCUGUUGGUGCAUCAGUACUUCAUGGAGGACAUGGAGCAGCUAUGGAAAUGUGUUUUCCAGUACUCACACUGUUAAGUCUUUUAGUCCUAGAAUAUGGCCUACAUUAAAUUUAUCUACUGCGGUAUGGCCUCUCAAUCCUGAUUUUUUUUUUUUUUUUUAGCUUAACCACUUUGUCUCUAAGAAACGUACAUACAUAUUCAUGUAUGCACACCUGUUAUUUUUGUAGACAGCAAAGAGAACACAAGCCACUGAACAAUCCCUAUUUGUAGAAUACUGCUGAUAAUUAUUGACAACAGCUUAGAUGGUGUUGAUAGCAAACAAGGCAGCUUUUGUUGGCUCAUCUGUCAGAAACUAGAAAGUAAAUCUGUGUUUCUAGCAGACAGAAAAGAACAAAAUUUACUAACAAAGACCUUGGACAAGAUCCUCAGGUGCUGCAAGUUGGCAUAGCCCCACAUGUCAAGGGAACAAUCAGUGUGGAUUUACAGUAGCUGAGGAUCUGGUCCCUCAUAUUCAGAUUUCUACAAGAGAACAUAAAAGAAUGGUUCCAAUCAAGUUAAAAAAUGAUUUUAGGGAAAGUCUGAGAUGGCACUCUAGCUGAAUGUUAUCAUUUUUGUUUGCAGUGACACCCUGGGAGCUUGAAACUGACAUGUUCCUUUGACUAACUUUAUCUUAAAUAUGCAUCCAAAGGUUUGAUGAUGUAAGGUUACCAACAGCCCUACAGUAACAAUCAGGAUGAUCAGGAAAGCUGGGUGUAUUAAUCAGUCUGAGCAAGAAUUCUCUUAUGUGUAACAAUCCUAUCUGUCAUUCCUAAAUCCUGAACAUACAUGGCCUUGCCUAUACUCAUUAGAACUGUGCAAGUAAAAGCAUGUUGUCUGAUGGCAGGAUGCUUGUAUGUGGCUGCUGCAGGUUUUGUAAAGUGGCUUGUUAGGAUUCAUCCUUGCCUGUAACACUGCCUAAGGAAAAAUGCACCAAGAUUUUUUUUUCUUUGCAUGCACAUGCUUUAAAGUGUACGUAUAUUUUACAUAUGUAUAUUAGAGAUGGACCCAAGCCCCUAGAACUUUAGUGAAGUUCAGAUCUGGAUCUGAAAUUUGAUACAAGCCCAUGCCUAACAUUUUUCUUAUCCCGUAUAAACAGAGAUUUUUACAUUUUACUACUGAAGUUUGUCCUGGUGGGCGAUCUGCAGAUCAGCUACUUAAAGUAAUACUGUUGACAUGAAAAAAUGCAGAUCACUGAAAUUUAUUAGACAAAACUUGCACAAAUAGAUUAAUCCCUUGAAUGGGGUGGCAUAAGGAAACUUCAGGGGACUGCAUUGUUGUGCUGGCUUAUGUUUCUGAGAAUGGUUGUCCAUAGCAGGUUCAUCCUUAAUGUGCUAAGUGUUCUUUGUGGCGCUGAACUAGUUAAUCAAAGCUGUAAUAAUUACUGAGACCAAGAUGAUGCUGAAAAAUGAUUUGUUAAAUCACAGGGAAGGUUGGUGGUAGGACAACUGGUCUUGAUAAAUAUUCUGAAAAUGUGGGGAAUUUGUUAAUUUCUGACAUACAGCUAAAGUUUGUAGCUUUGAUAUUAACUUUUGACUAUGAUGCUAUGUACACUGGCCCUGGAAUAGAAUUUGGAAAGUGAGUUUUGUUUGGAACAAUAUUUAAACUAACUUUGAAUAAUUUUUGGCCUGUUUUGCUGGAAAUACAUUCAAAAACAGUUUCCAAAUUCUGUUCCAAGUUAAGCAUUGACAGGACCUAAGGCUGAAGGUGUGGGAGAUUUCAUUGUAAAAGGGAAUGUAUGAGUAGAAAAUUAAGUGUUUUGAGAGAUCCCCGCCAAACCAUUACUCUUGCUUUUUGCUAUAAAUCCAUCCUGGUGGUUUUUCCAUCUAUAACCUUGCAGAAAGUCUAGUGUUGAAUUUUGUUUAGUAUUGUACAUUAACAUCACAGUGGAUCAGAAUUGAAGUGAGUAUGGAGUAGAUGCCCAAUUCUACAUAGCAUAUGGUUUAAGACCUAAAAGCAGUACUGGUCCACCCUACUUUUGUUAUAACUGCAGGAUGAUAACUGCCAGGCUUUUAUGCUGGCAAGCUCAAAUGUCAAUCAAUUUUUAAUCUCAAAGAUGAGUACAAAUGUAAUGUUUUUUUAUUAAAUGUAGACAAAUGUAUGUAAGUGGCCUGUAGGCGCCUGGUUGCACACUGACAUUCUACCUGCACAUGUGCACUUAAACAGGAAAUAUUUUCAUAGAAGUGAUUGUACUGACUUUUUGCACUUUGUUACAGAACUGGGCAUUGUAUUUCUUUGGAAGCUCACUGUUUUGCUUCAAAAUGUAUCUUGAAAGAAUUGCUGUACUUGGUUUUAUUUUGUGUUUCUGAAUAGUGUAUUUUAACUAUAUGUGCUUGGUAUAUAAAAACAAUAGCAGAAAACAGA